AUUACAAUUGUGGAGUCAAAUAAGUGUAGAUAUAAAUAAUAUUUUCGUUUGAUAAUAAAAAGAAUAUUUAAUUUCCUUGAAUUAUAAUAUUGAUAUAAAAAUUUAAUAAUUACUACAUUCAUUUUACGAAGUAACAAAUAGAUUUUUGAUUCAUAAGAAUGUUGAACAAGAUAUUGCAUGACUAUUGAAUAUGACAACGAUAAAUCAAAUUGAUACAUCUUUACCAUUCACAUUGAAACAAGGACAAGAAAAAUUUGAUAUAGAAGAUACUGAUGAUGACAAUACAAGUCUCGAGGAUAUUAACGAUCUUCUAUCAAUAUCAAUACCUUCACUUUCGGCGAAUAAAUUUCACAUUCCUACUGAUCUAAAUGAUGAAUUUCUUCGAUUAACUACUACGGUUCGUGCUGUAUAUUUUUCAUAUCUUCAUAAAUGUUUACUCACUAAUUAUAUUCUUUGCUAUAAAGAAAAAAAUGAAGAUAUUCCAAGUAGUCAAUUAAAAAAAUGUGCAAAUGAAAUGGAAUUGCUUGCAGUGCGAUCAUCUUUAGAAGCUACUUUAUAUAGACAAAAUAUGUUAAAAUUAAUUUCAGAUGUAAAAUCACAUACAUCAGAAAAGAAAGCUUAUAAAAAAUUAAUAAUAUUUUUAGAAACCCCAUCAACUAAAGUAGACAUUGGGGUUCAAACAAUUAAUACAUGGGCAGAAUUAGAAAGGGCAGAUAAUAUACAAAGUAUAUGUAUCACAUCCAAUUGUGAAGAAUUAUCCUUACAUAAAGAAACACCAAAGUAUAAAGAAGAAGAUGAUAUAAAUAAUGAAAGUGAAGAUUAUGAUAUAUCUUCUCAAUUGACUAUUUGCAAUAAUACAACUUCACCUACUGUAAAUUCUACUCAUGAUAAAAUACAAAAUAAAUUUGAUAUCAAAUCAGAUGAAGAAAUAAAUAAAAAAAUGAUAGUAGAUGAAGAGACAAUGAAAGAAGAUAGCAAUAUUUUUAAUUAUAUAAAAGAUAAUUCUAAUUCUCAAAUUCCAAAUCAACCUAAUAUUCAAAAUGAUGAUGAAAAUUCACAGGAUUCACUUUUACAACAUAUGGAAGACAUGUUUUGCGAUAGUGAUGAUAGUAGCGAUCUUAUGACAUUAAUUGAAAAACAUUCAGGUGUUACUAAAGCUAAUAUGGAUAAGGAAAUUAAUGCUCUUCUUCCACAUAAUUCAAAUGGCUCUAUUAAUAUGCCUGAAAAUAAUAUAAAAAUUAAUUCUGUUAAGAAUACUAAUCUAAAGGCAUUAAAUACAAAUACAGGAAAAUACAGUUUUAGUUAUUAUAAAGAAAUGAAAACCAGACAAACUAAUAAAUUAUUACCAAUUGAAAGUGAAACAGUAGAAAAUAAACAUAAACGUAGAAUAAAUAGUAUUUGGUUUGUUGAACGUGUAUAUCAAGUAUCUAAAUUAAAAGCAAAAAUGACAGAAUUAUCUUUAAAAGAUUAUAGAAGACAUGGUAGAGUUAAAGAAAAAUUUAUUGAAUUGUUUGGAGAAACUGAUGAUGAAGAAAUGAUACCAGAUUCACCAAUUUGUAUAGAAGAACAUUUAACUGCAUGUAAAGAAAGAAUAGCACCAUGGAUUGUAAAACAUUUGAUGCCAUUCUAUAAAAAACGAAGAAUUAAAGAUAGGCAAUUAUUUAAAAUAGUUGCAAAACAUGUAGCUGAUAUGCUUAUUAUUGAAAAUACAUUUCCUGAACAAGACUGUGUGAGCAAAUAUAUAGAAACAUACUUUAAAAAUAAAAAAUUUAUUAGAACUAAACAAGAUGUAUAUUUAUAA